AUGAUAAUUAAUUCGAAUGAGAUGACAAUUGAAUUACCUCUAGAUAAGCGCGCAAAAAUAAAAGAUAUGAUACAGUCAUUGUUGUCUCGCGACAGAAUAAAAAUACAAGAACUGAUGGAAAGUAUAGGAGUCCUUGUAGCAGCUUGCCCCGCUGUAGCCUACGGUUGGCUUUAUUACAAAAAUCUAGAAAAGCUUAAACGAGAUUCCUUACAUGAAAAUCAAAACAAUCCUAAUAAAAAGAUUACGCUUACAGAACCAGCGAUAGAGGAUCUAAAAUGGUGGGACGCGGAAAUUUCGACAGUAAAAAAUAAAAUUAGAACCUCCAUUUUCGACUUAGAGAUUUUUUCAGAUGCCUCCACCACGGGGUGGGGCGCUACCUGCGGAAACAGAAAUGCUAAAGGUUUUUGGUCCCAAGAGGAUAAAAAGAGACAUAUAAAUUAUCUCGAGAUUAAAGCGGCCUUUCUAGGUCUUAAGUCCUUCGCCUCUAGUAUAUGUCAUAAACAAUUAUUGUUGAGAAUAGAUAAUAUCACCGCGUUAGCUUACUUGAACAAAAUGGGGGGCAUAAAACAUAAAGAUUUAAAUUCCUUAACUAGAGAAAUUUGGGAAUGGUGUAAAGCUCGUGAUAUUUGGAUGUUCGCGGAAUACGUCGUAUCCAAAGAAAAUUUAGCAGAUGAAGGUUCCAGAAUUUCGAAUUUAGAUACAGAGUGGGAACUUUCUCAAAUUGCAUUUAAAGAUAUUGUUAAAAAAUUUGGAAAACCGACGAUUGAUUUAUUCGCGAGUAGAAUCAACAAUAAAUGUAGUAAAUACUGUUCUUGGGAAAGAGACCCAGAAGCUCACGUUAUAAAUUCCUUUACUGUUUCUUGGAAGUACGAGUUUUGGUACGCCUUCCCUCCCUUUUCCUUAAUCACAAAAGUUUUAAAGAAGGUCAGGGAUGAAGGCUCAACCGGUAUAAUUGUUGUUCCUUUGUGGACAGCUCAGCCUUGGUUCCCUGAAUUUCAAUCCUUAUUAGUUUCUGAAAUAAUUCAAUGGAAACCUUCUAAUAAGUUACUUUUAUCUCCUUGCAGGGAAAUCACACAUCCGUUAGCGAGCUCGCUUAUCCUGGUAUCAGGAAUUGUAUCUGCCAGGCCCUCAAGAAAGAGAGGAUGGGAGAUGACACUCUAG